AUGGCAUCAAAUCCUCCACCAAGCGCAACGGUAUACGCGCGCAAUCUCGAAGAACGCAUAAAAGUCGAGCAGCUCAAGGAAUCACUCCGUGAACUCUUUGCGGAAUAUGGCACUAUUAUCGACAUCGUCGCGAAGACGAACUUGAAAGCCAAAGGACAGGCCUUUAUUGUCUUUGACAGCGUAGACAGCGCGCAAAAAGCGAUUGAUGAAGUGCAGGGUUUUGAGCUUUUUGGAAAAGAGAUGGAACUCGCCUUUGCGAAAACGAGAAGUGAUGCUACGGUCAAGAGACAGGGUGGCGAGGAGGAACUAGAGAGUCACAAGAGGAGAAGAUUGGCCGAGAAAGACAAGAAAAAGGCAGCAGAACAAGCCGAAUCCCAGAAGCUUCUCAAGCGUCCUGGCGCAGCCGCUCCAGAGGCAGCUCGACCCAUCAAAGCUACGCGUGGUGCAGGUCUCAAAUCGUCGAAUCCGUCUGGUGGUGCCGUUAUUCCUGACGAAUACUUACCUCCUAACAAAAUUCUGUUCGUCCAGAAUCUACCUGAUGAGUAUGAGGUUAAUGCUUUGACUUCCAUAUUCGAACGGUUUGAGGGUUUCAAGGAAGUGCGUUUGGUUCCGGGACGGACGGGUAUUGCAUUCGUUGAGUAUGAGAGCGAGGUAGGAGCUAUCAGUGCCAAGGAGAAUACCGCGGGGAUGCCACUAGGCGCUGGGAGCCAAAUCAUUAAGGUUACUUACCAGAGACAGUAA